GUUUAAUCACGACUUUAAUGAGAUUAAACAAGGAUUACACAAAUCAUCUUUAUUGAAUUAUGGGUAUAAAACCACAAUUACUGUCCAAUCUGGUUGCCAGUUUAGAAGAAAGCUCAUGUGUGAAGAAAAGGGGCAGCAAAAUGAGGUUUUUCAACUGGACAUCUCCAAUCGAAACCCAAGCCAGGGUGAUGGAUCCUAUGGCUAGCGGGGUAAUUCAUCAGAUUGGUUGGAAUGUUGAUCCGCAGGAUCUUAUUCACAUUCCGGAGCACUGGCAGCUUUAUCCUGCUCCUGAAAAAUCUCUUCAUCUUCUACUCGGAAUGAUUUACGUGUUUUUAUGGUUUGCGGCCAUUAUUGGCAAUGGAUUGGUAUUAUGGAUAUUCUGUUCAGCAAGAUCCUUAAGAACACCUUCAAACAUGUUUGUGGUAAAUCUGGCAUUCACUGACUUCUUAAUGUUCACAAGUAUUCCAAUUUUUAUCUACAAUUCAUUUCAUGGUGGUUUCGCAGCCGGAUGGCUAUCCUGCCAGGUAUACGCUUUAAUAGGGUCACUUGCAGGGAUAUCACAAGGCAUGACCAAUGCUUGCAUUGCCUACGACAGGUAUACAACAAUAACUAGGCCAUUUGACGGUAAACUCACUAGAACUAAAGCAUUUCUAAUGAUUGUUUUUGUUUGGAUGUAUACAAUGCCAUGGGCAGUAUUGCCAAUGUUCGAAACUUGGGGCAGAUAUAUGCCAGAGGGUUACUUAACAGCCUGUUCAUUUGACUACCUAACAAGAACAUUUGACAACAAAUUAUUUGUGGGAUCGAUAUUCACAUGUUCAUACGUUUUUCCCAUGGUUGCUAUAAUUUUCUAUUACAGUCAGAUUGUGAACAAAGUUUUUGCCCACGAGAAAGCUUUAAGAGAUCAGGCGAAAAAAAUGAACGUGGAAUCCUUGCGAGCUAACCAACAACAUAAGAACGAAUCCACGGAGUUGAGGAUAGCCAAAGCGGCUAUAACAGUUUGUUUCCUGUUCGUUGCUGCUUGGACACCUUACGCUGUACUGUCACUAAUAGGUGCAUUUGGAGAUCAAGGCCUAUUAUCGCCUGGAGUGUCCAUGAUACCAGCCUUGGCCUGCAAACUUGUAGCUUGUUUGGAUCCGUACGUCUAUGCUAUUAGUCAUCCUAAAUACAGACUUGAAUUACAAAAAAGGUUGCCCUGGCUGGCUAUUAAAGAAGAAUCGGAUUCUCAAUCAACAGUUACAGAAAGUUCUGGACCACCUCUAUCCACAGCGUAACAUAAGAAGAAAAUUAAUAAAAAAAAUAAAUAUGUGGUAUGAAAAAUAAAAAGUAC